GUGGCAUCAGCAACGAUUAGAACACAAAUACCUCUAAAAACUAAUGGAGAAAAGCCCUCCUGAGAAAUCUGACAGUUUUGCCAGCCGAGAUGACAACAACAAGAAGCCCGAGUCUGAUCUCCCUUCUUCCCCUGCUUCUCCGUUACCGGAUUCCUUAGCCGGUGAUUCCAAAUCUGAUUCUCACGAUACCUCUACAGCGAUCACAACCGAAGAGGACAACAAGGACGUAGCAGAGAAGCCUGAAACAACCACCGAAGAUUCUUCCACUCCUGAUCUCGAUUCCAGCCUUCCAAAGAUUUCCGAAGACAUCGAUCGUUUCCUCUCCCUCUUCGAAUCAAACCAAACCCCAGAAGAAAUCCCCAAUUUUGUUGAUGAAUUUGCUAACCUUGUUGAAGCCCAGAUUGCCAAAUAUAAUUCCGACGAAGAUCCCAUCAAAUGGCGUCAAGAUUCCGAUGAAGAUUCUACCCUCCUCGAAGCUGUCGAUAGGAUUUCAAAACUGACGACCGCAUUAUCUCAGUACUCUUCGGAUGCGAAAUACAAUUCCUCCAUCAACCGUAUUGGCUGCGUUCUGCAACGAGCAAUGUCGUAUCUUGAAGACGAGUUCCGGUCGAUCCUUGAGAACCGUGACUCGGAAACGAAUGAUUCCAAGGGGAGACAACAAUCAUUCAACUCUAACAGUGAAUCCUGUGCCUUAUCUGAACCAGAUUCAGCCAAGGCAGCCGAUUUCCCCGGUUACUCACCGGAAACAGUGUCGAAUCUGAAUAGGAUUGCAACCGCAAUGAUCGCCGCCGGGUAUGAGACAGAGUGCUUGCAGGUUUACAACAUCUCGAGGCGAAAUUCAUUCGAGGAGGCAUUGAAGAAUAUUGGAUUAGAGAAGAUCAGCAUUGAUGACGUGCUGAAGAUGCAAUGGGAAUCUCUAGAGGGAGAGAUCAGCAAUUGGAUAAAGGUCUUCAAGCGCUGUGUCACCUUCUACUUCGCCGGCGAACAGAAACUCUGUGAUGCGGUGUUUCAGGAAAAUUCAUCGCUCUCUGGCUCCCUCUUUGACAACCUAGCUUAUAGCGUCGUCAUUCAGCUUCUCAAUUUUGUGGAAGCUGUAGCAAUGACGAAGCGAUCGGCGGAGAAGCUAUUCAAAUUUCUGGAUAUGUACGAAGCACUGCGGGACAUGAUCCCUGAAUUUGAUAACUUGUUCUCUGGGCAAUUCUCGGAGGAUCUCAAAAACGAGAUCUCAUCUGCUCUUUGCCGGCUAGGCGAGGCCGCCGUGAGCAUCUUCUGCGAUCUUGAGAACUCAAUCAAGGGCGACACCAGUAAAACUCCGGUCCCAGGUGGUGCUGUUCAUCCCUUAACACGUUAUACCAUGAAUUACCUAAAAUAUGCAUGUGAGUACAAGGACACAUUGGAGCAGAUCUUCCAAAAACACCAAAAGAUCGAUCCAUCCGACGUCGUCGUCGGAUUAGAUAAAGAGGGCAGCACAGCGACCAAUGGAAACCAGGAGCAGAAGCUCUCGCCAUUCUCAGUACAAUUGAUGACGGUGAUGGAUAUGUUAGGAUCAAAUCUCGAAGCGAAAUCAAAGAUCUACAAGGACCUUUCGUUAAACCACAUUUUCUUGAUGAACAACGGAAGGUACAUAAUGCAGAAAAUCAAGGGUUCCAAGGAAAUCUACGAAUUGAUUGGGGAUCCAUGGUGUCGGAAGAGAUCAUCUGAUCUCAGGCAAUACCAUAAGAACUAUCAGAGGGAGACAUGGAAUAAAGUGUUGGGAUGUCUCAAAGAUGAGGGAUUGCAGGUACAUGGGAAAGUAUCAAAGCCAGUACUGAAGGAGAGGUUCAAGUCCUUCAAUGCCAUGUUUGAAGAUAUUCACAAGACACAGAGCGCAUGGAUUGUGAGUGAUGAACAGCUUCAAUCUGAGCUUAGGGUUUCUAUAUCUGCGGUGGUGAUACCGGCGUACCGGUCUUUCUUAGGGAGGUUCAGGCAGUACUUGGAUUCCGGCAGGCAAUCGGAUAAGUACAUAAAGUACGGGCCAGAGGAUAUUGAGUCAUCCAUCGACGAUCUGUUUGAAGGAAACCCAACGUCCAUGGCAAGGAGGAGAACAUGAUUUGCAGAAGAAGAAGAAGAAGAAGAAG